AUGGGAUCCAAAGCUCUUGUGUUUGGAGAUUCUUACGCUGAUACUGGCAACAUGAAGCAUGAUGCAGUGUCUUGGAAAUCUCCUUACGGUAUAACUUUCCCCGGUAAACCUUCCGGCCGGUAUUCUGAUGGCCUAAUUUCCACCGAUUUUCUAGGUUAUACUCUCACUCAUUAUAAUAUUUAA